CCUCUAAUCUCAUUCUCCUACAAUGAGGCCACAACCCACAUCGAAGCCAUGGAGACCUUUCACAGCAAAGUACUGCUGCUCUGCUGAAGACCAGACAUUCUUUGGCAACUUCAGCCGGCCCUGCAGGCCUUCGAGGUCGGAUUUAUCAAAGGAUGGUGGUCAGCUACCCUCGUUCAGGAGACUGUCUUUCUCUGAUCUCAGUCGUUCUUCCUCCACGCGUAUCAACGGUGAUCUUGCACUGUCUUUCGGGUCCGAGUUGCAUGAUUUUCAGCUAAGCGAGCUGCGUGGUAUAACUCAUGAUUUCUCGAGUAACUUUUUGUUGGGGGAAGGUGGGUUUGGAACUGUACACAAGGGUUAUAUAGAUGAGAAUUUGAGGCAGGGUUUGAAGCCUCAGGCUGUUGCUGUUAAGCUCCUCGACAUUGAAGGCUUGCAGGGACACCGCGAAUGGCUCGCAGAAGUGAUAUUUCUUGGGCAGCUGAGGCACCCUCAUUUGGUCAAAUUGAUUGGCUAUUGUUGUCAGGAUGAAGAAAGACUUCUGGUUUAUGAGUUUAUGCCCAGAGGCAGCUUGGAGAAUCACUUAUUCAAAAGGCUUUCAAUAUCAUUGCCAUGGGGUACAAGAAUAAAGAUUGCAAUAGGAGCAGCCAAAGGCCUUGCUUUCUUGCAUGGUGCCGAGAAGCCAGUCAUUUAUCGGGAUUUCAAAACUUCAAAUGUCUUGCUAGAUUCUGAUUUUACUGCAAAACUGUCGGAUUUCGGACUUGCAAAGAUGGGACCUGAAGGAUCAGAAACUCAUGUUACAACAAGAGUAAUGGGUACCUAUGGCUAUGCUGCCCCGGAAUACGUCUCUACAGGGCAGUUGACCACAAAAUGUGACAUAUACAGCUUUGGGGUGGUGCUACUAGAAUUGCUUACUGGAAGAAGAGCCAUGGACAAAUCAAGACCAAAGAGUGAGCAGAAUCUGAUUGAUUGGGCAAAACCUUACCUCACUAGCACUCGAAGGUUACGGUACAUUAUGGAUCCGAGGCUUGCCGGACAGUAUUCUGUGAAGGGUGCAAAGGAGAUUGCCCUUCUGGCAUUACAGUGCAUAAGCAUGAGCCCUAAAGACAGGCCAAGGAUGGCAGCUAUAGUUGAAACCCUAGAGGUCGUGCAACAAUUGAAGGACAUGGCUGUGACACAAGGGCAUUGGCCGGCGUCGCCCAAUAAAUCCAAUAAAAAUGGUGUUUUUGGGGCUAAAAUCAGAAUUGAUGGAAAUAAAGUUGGGUACAUCAGGAAAUCCCCUCCAGCUGCAACAGUAACUCAGAAAGCUUGAGCAAUAUAUGACUCGAAGCUAUGUAUAUCCAAGUGUAACAUAGAAAAUGUGUGUGCAUUGUUAAGUUGCCCAUGUAAAUAUAUAAAUGGAUUAUAUCGAUUGCAACAUAUAUAUAACUUAUACUAUCUCUCGAUCAGCUGC